UCACAAAUCUGUUAAAUACAAAACAAGAUUAUAUUCAUCCAGUCAGUCUCAAGAUCAAGCGGUGUAUUCAGCUCGGUUUCUUUUGUUUUAUAUAUUUUGUUAUCUGUGUGCUGCUGGUCAAGAUUACAAAUUUCAUUUUAUUAAUUUUUGCGUGUUUGUAAUUUUAAAUAGUAUUUAUAAAUAUUAAGAAUGGAUUACAAAACUUAAAAUGCCAACAAAUAAUUAUUAUAAACUUAUUCUAUUAAUAGUAGUCAUAGUUAAUUUGGUGAGUUACGGAUCAUGUUGUACUGACAUCGAAUGGGCUUGUGAUUCUGGUCAAUGUAUCGCUUCGGAUGAACUUUGCGAUGGGAAUAUAGACUGUAAAGAUAAAUCAGAUGAAACAGUGGAUGUGUGCAUUCAAGAAAGUUGUCCAUCAUUUGCUUUUCGAUGUGCUUAUGGCGCUUGUGUAGCUGGAUCAGCUGAAUGCAAUGGCAUCAAGGAAUGCGCCGAUAAUUCAGAUGAAGCAAGUUCCUUGUGUCCAGAUGACUUAAAUACAAGACAAUCAAAUUGCGGAGAUGAGCAAUUUCAAUGCACUUCUGGCCAAUGCAUCAGUCUGGAUGUCGCGUGUGAUGGUCGGUCUGACUGUUCGGAUCAAUCUGACGAAACGGUAGAAGCAUGUGCAUCAUUUAAUUGUCCAACAUUUGCAUUUCGUUGCGGAUAUGGUGCAUGUAUUGAAUUGGGUAAAAAAUGUAACGGAAUUCCAGAUUGCAGGGAUGGAUCAGAUGAAACAUUAAAGCUUUGUGGCGAAACAAUGACCGUGACACCUACAAAUCCUUGGCUAACAAAACCAACAAAACCAACGAAAAGACCACCACAAAUACCGCCCACAAAACCACCAGAGACAGGAUGCAUGGCACCGAAUAUUCCAAACUCAGUGCUUAAAUAUGAAAAUGAACCAACAAAGAUUAUUAGAUCAGGAGAAAAUAUACCUGAUAAAACAUCAUUGGUGUAUAAUUGUCUUCCGGGUUAUGUUCGAGAAGGACCUCAAUUUAAUUUGUGUUUCAAUUCAAGAUGGUAUUCUUCUUUUCAUGCUAAUUGUGUCAAAUAUUGUUCACAUCGAAAUCUUAAAGGUGUUACAUUUAGAGCAGAGUGUUACUAUAAGGAUACAACUGUAGCAUGUGAUGAUCGAAUCAGACCUGGAACUGUUGCAAAACUUAGCUGUCAACAAAAGUACAGAAAACCAGAUAUAAAUCCUCCGGAUAGUUUAGUUUGCCAAGACGAUGGAGGUUGGGAUUAUGAACCGUUCCGUUGUGAGCCAGUUUGUGGUCAAGAACUAUUGUUAACUACUGCAUUUUCUGUAAAUGGCAUUGAUACCAAUAUAACAUACGUCCCAUGGCAUGUUGGAAUAUAUCACUUUCAUGAUGGAAGAAGAUUUAAGCAUGCAUGUGGCGCUACUAUUAUCAGUGCUAAAGUUGUUAUUUCAGCUGCUCACUGUUUUUGGGACUACGCUAAUCAAAAGGCUUUUGAUAAAUCAUUUUACGUUGUCGGAGCUGGAAAAUACUAUCGUGAUUAUUACAAAACAGAAACCAAUGCAGUAUUCAGAAAUAUAUCGGAAAUUGCUAUUCCUAAUGACUUUGGAGAUCUUGAAAACUACAAAAGUGACAUAGCUGUUCUAGUAUUAACAGAGUUUCUUCAAUUUAGUCCAUUUAUUGCACCUGUUUGCAUUGAUUGGCAACAAGGAGCAGCUAAAUCUAUACCAAGCAAUGUUUAUGGCAGAAUUCCAGGCUGGGGAAUAGAUAACAGUGGAGGUCAAAGUGAUACACUCAAAACUAUUGAUGUUCCAUCGAGUAGUUAUUCAGACUGUAGAGCAGCAGUUGGAGCUGAAUUGGCCAAUGCUGUGCCAAAUGAUAAAUUUUGUGUUAUCAAUACAUCGGGUUCGGUUGUGUGCCAAGGUGAUAGUGGAGGUGGUUUUAUAGAGAGAAAAGUUAUAAGAGGAAGAUAUGUUAGUUAUUUGUGGGGCGUUGUUAGUGGCGGAGUGCCACAAUAUAAUAAAUGUUCGGAUUAUCAAUUUGUAACAUAUACAAAUAUUCAAUAUUACGAAAGUCUUAUUACGUCGCGGAUGAACACAAAUCGCCCGAAAUAAAAACCAAAACUAUUUUCAAAAAAAAUGUACUGAUUAUCUAAUUUAAGAAAAA